AUGGCUGCCGUGCAAGAGGCGAGACGUGAACCAAUUCAAGCCGUUCAGGUGUUCGGCCGCAAAAAAACCGCCACAGCAGUAGCAUACUGCAAGCGUGGUCAUGGAGUACUCAGAGUCAACGGACGUCCCCUUGACUUGGUAGAACCCCGUCUUCUACAAUACAAACUUCAAGAACCUAUCCUUUUGCUUGGCAAGGAGAAAUUCUCAGGAGUUGACAUCAGAGUUACAGUUAAGGGUGGUGGUCAUGUCGCACAGGUCUAUGCCAUCAGACAGGCCAUCUCCAAGGCUCUGAUUGCCUUCUACCAGAAAUUCGUGGAUGAGGCUUCAAAGAAGGAAAUCAAAGACAUUCUUGUUCAAUACGACAGGAGUUUGUUAGUCGCCGACCCCAGGCGCUGCGAGCCCAAGAAAUUCGGCGGUCCAGGUGCCCGCGCCAGAUACCAGAAGUCUUACCGUUAA